GCUUUACUGUCAAUAUUAAAUUAUUAAUUACUUGGCAUUCUGGUUUUGUUGCUUGAGCAAUAAAUUUUAGUCCAUAAUGAGUAAAUUGGAUUCCUUUCUGGCUCAAGCGAUAUAUAUGGAAUGGUAUUAUGGUUUUGCAUAUUGAGAGAAUGAAAGGGCUAAUUUUUUACUUCUGGGUUGACAGAAAGAUUCAAUAUAAAUUCGGACAUUGUGAAUGCAUUGUGAUAGCGAAUAAUAAUGGGUCUUUAGGUUUCACAUAAAAUUCUUGGGCAAUAGGAGAGACCGGUGAAGGGUCUCACUAUGCCAAACCAGCCUGAUGAUGAUUCUGAUGGGAUCAUCUCUAGUUUGAUCGAGGAAUUGAAUUUGAGGUUGAGGUUUGGGGAAGUCGAAGAAAAUGUCAUUCUCUCACCUGAUUCUCAUGUUCUUGGGUAUAAUGGAGUGGGAAAUGGGAGCGAUGGAGGUAGUGUGGUGAUACAUAGCUCUGAUGAAGAGGAAGGUGAUGAUGGUCCUAAAGAGUUGGGGGGAAAUGAUAGUUAUGUGAGUCAUUCUGAGGAUGAUAUAUAUUUCAGUGACAGCGCAGAAGUCGGUAGCUAUAUGAAUGGUGAUGUUUUUGGAGAAGAGCAUUAUGAAACUGGUUCAUAUGAAGGUGAUAGGGGUUUGGAAUAUUUGGGAGGAGGUGAUCAUAUGAUACACUCUGGGGGUGCUGUGUAUUUUUCUGAUUCUGAAGAAAGUGGUGAUUCUAUGGGUAGGGAUGAUUAUAGGGAAGAAUUUCAUGGAAGUGAUUCAAGCGAAGGUGAGAGAUGGGUCGAGACUUUUCUCCUGCUGAAUGUUUUUGGUGAUUCUGCAGGAAAAGUUUAUAGGAAUUUGUGAUGCAAAGCUGGAUGGUAAUCAGGCAUAGGGUUUGUUUGGCCGAUGCUGUUUAGUUUUCUUUUCAGAACCCUAUUAUCGGUAACAUAAGGGAUACAAUCAUGCAGAGCUUGCAGCGUUUUGGUCAUAGAUUUCAUUUGUUGAAUAUUGGGUAGAGAGGCUUUUUCGUCACGUGUAGUCAGUGUCAUUUGAUCUUUACGUAGUAAAUCUCUUGUAUAUCUUUUGUGGUUACUAUUCGUUAUUGGUUUAUUGUUUUUUUGCUUCAUUGCCCC